CUGUUCCAUCGGGUUCUGACUGCCCUGGUGGGCGUGCCCGUAGUGCUGGCAGGCGUAUGGUUCGGCCCGCCGUGGAUCACCGUCCUGGCGGUUGUCGCUGCGAUCAUCGGGGUGAGGGAGGCGUAUCGGCUGUAUCCCACUUCCACGCGGACGCCGGAAGACGAUGGCAUCGAGGAUACGCCACUACCCGUCGAAGAUACGCCAUUUCCCGUAGUAGAGGAUACGCCACUACCCGUGCUGUUGGGUGGCGCAUGGGCCGUGGCGUUGGUGCUGGCCGGAGAACUGGCGGUGCGGCCGGCGGAUUUCGGGUGGGCAGUUCUGGGUAUAUGCGCCGUCGGUAUGGUCGUGGCCGGGUUGUGGAUGAUCGCCGCAUGGCACGGGCAGCGCCCGGUGGCCGCGGCGGGCUAUUUGGUCCUGUCACCGGUCUACAUCGGAGGAGCGUUGGCGUGCGCUACCGCGCUUCGCGGAAUAGACGGACUGCCCAGGAUAUGGAGGGCGAAAGCAGACAGCCAGGCACCUUCCAUAUCGCUACCCCCGUCGAUAGAAGACGAUGGGAUCAGUGAACCCUUUGAAAUCGCUCCCGACAUCCCGGCGGGCGAUGGCGGGUUUUGGCUCCUGCCUGACAUAACCGGCCCUGAUUUGGCACAGGAGGCCGCCGUUCUCACGGAAACCGGCUGCUGGUGGCUGCUGUUGGCGAUCCUCACCGUGUAUGCCGCGGACACCGGCGCGUACGCCGCAGGUCGGCUCUUCGGCAGGCAUCGCAUGGCCCCGAGCAUCAGCCCGGGGAAGACGUGGGAAGGAACCGCCGGAGGAAUGCUGGCUGCGGUGAUAACCGCGGUGGUGAUUGGAGGGCUGUUUCCGCUGAAAUUGGAGAUUUGGCAGCUGGUGACGAUCGGUGUUAUUUUAGGCGUCGUAUCGCCGAUCGGCGAUCUGUUGGAAUCCAAGGUCAAACGCUUGGCGGACGCCAAGGACUCAGGCAAUCUGUUUCCCGGCCACGGCGGGAUGUUGGAUCGCUUGGACAGUAUUCUCCCGUCUUUAAUAGUGGUUUACGUCCUGGCGGCCGUGAGUACCCCCUAA